UUCCGUCUCCACGUUCAAUUGAUACCAUUAUUCUAUACAUAUGUAUAUAUAUAUACACGCGCUAUACACACAGAGAGAGAGAGAGAGAGAGAGGAUAGUAUUCUUGUACUGAUAAAGCAGUUGUGGCUGUCUCUGAGUUGAGUGAUCUGCAAUGGCUUCGACAGAUAAUGGGAAGGCGAUGAUGUCUGCGUUCGAUAGCGAAGCGGCGAGUUUUAUGGUGAAGGAGCUGAGAGGCACCUUCGCCGCCGGUAAGACGAGGACGUACCAGUGGAGAGUCUCGCAGUUGAAGAGUUUGUUGAGAAUAGUUAUCGAUCACGAGAGAGAGAUCAUCGAUGCUCUUCGCUCCGACCUAUCCAAACCUGUUCUCGAAGCCUACGUAUCGGAGAUUGCUAUGUUGAAGUCCUCGUGUGAAUUCACACUCAAACAACUAAAACGUUGGGUGGCUCCGGAGAAGGUUAAAACCUCAAUAGCAACUUUCCCUUCAUCAGCAGAGAUAGUGCCAGAACCGUUAGGUGUCGUAUUGGUGAUCUCAGCAUGGAAUUACCCUUUCUUGUUAUCUCUCGAUCCAGUUAUUGGAGCAGUUGCAGCUGGCAAUGCUGUAGUUUUGAAGCCAUCAGAAAUUGCUCCAGCCACAUCCGCACUGAUUGCAAAAUUAUUAAGGAAAUAUAUGGACACCUCUGCAGUAAAAGUAGUUGAGGGGGCUGUUCCUGAGACAUCUGCACUACUUCAGCAAAAGUGGGAUAAAAUAUUUUAUACAGGGAACCCAAAAGUAGGACGCAUCAUCUUGGCUGCUGCUGCAAAAAACCUUACACCUGUUGUUUUGGAGCUUGGAGGAAAAUGUCCCGUUGUUGUUGAUUCCAACAUCAAUCUGAAAGUCACAGCAAGGCGGCUUAUAGCAGGAAAAUGGGGACUAAAUAGUGGACAAGCAUGCAUUUCUGCUGAUUACGUUAUAACAACAAAAGAAUUUGCUCCUAAGUUGAUAGAUUCUCUGAAAGAUGAGUUGGAGAAGUUCUUUGGUAAUGAUCCGCUGAAAUCAGAAGACUUGUCUCGCAUAGUGAAUUUCCACCACUUUGCUCGCUUAGUGGAGCUCUUAGAUGAUGAGAAGGUAUCUGGUAAAAUAGUACACGGAGGUGAAAGGGAUCAAAAUGACCUAAAGAUUGUUCCAACCAUUUUGCUGGAUGCCCCAGACGACUCUCGCAUCAUGAAUGAGGAGAUAUUUGGUCCUUUGCUCCCCAUUGUGACGGUUCACAAUCUGGAAGACAGUUUCAGUAUAAUUAACUCUAGAGAAAAGCCACUUGCAGCUUACUUAUUUACCAACAACAAGAAGCUUAAGGAGAAGUUUGUCAGAGAUGUAUCUGCAGGGGGGUUGCUUAUCAAUGAUAUUGGCAUACAUCUUGCAAACCCCCAUUUACCAUUUGGAGGAGUUGGGGAAAGCGGAACGGGUUCAUACCAUGGCAAAUUCUCUUUUGAUACUUUUAGCCACAAGAAGGCAGUUUUAUACCGGGGUUUUGCCGGUGAUGCAUCUGCAAGGUACCCCCCAUACACAUCCUGGAAAUUCAGACUACUAAAGGCUCUGCUAAGUGGCAACAUCUUUGGCGUUAUCCGUGUUUUGCUUGGCUUGUAGAAAAUCCAGUUUAUGAGGCAUUUUCCUAGAAGUAAUUGGUAGGAUGCAAUCAUUAUUUAAGCAACAAUGUAUCUGUUUGCGAUAUGCGCCUUUUCCAUGUAUUAUCACAAGUUCUGGCUGUGACCAAUUGACGUUUCUUUGGUUCUUAUUUAUGCUCUCUGUCGCCUCAAUUGAAUCGCACUUGUGUAUACCAGUAAAUAAAUGAAAUUGCUUUGCUUUAUGGAUUUAA